UUGUAAUAGAGUCUGCGGCAGCACGUUGCACAUCUUUUGUUGUAGAUUGUGGGGACGGCGUUCGCACGAUAUUAUAAAUUUAGUUUGAGACAAGACAUACGAAAACAACGACGCUUGUGGUGCAUGACAUCGUUGACUCCUAAAUAGAAUUAAUUUGUAGCAAUCAUGGGAAUCAUAACGAGCACAUUAAGUUAUUACAUGACCAAGACGAACGAUCCCGAUCCAAUUACAGGACUCACAUCGAGAGACAGAUAUGUCAUACAGACGUCUUGGACACCGGUCAAAAAGGAUUUGACCGGAAAUGGAGUGGCACUUCUUCUAUUGUACUUUGAAAAAUUCCCAUCAACAAAAAAUUAUUUCGUGUUUAAAGACGUACCGAAUGAGAAAUUGAAAACUGAUAAGAAAUUUCACGCGCAUUGUAACAGUGUAAUGGUCACGCUCGACUCGCUCAUUGCCAAUUUGGACGACGGGGAACUUAUUGUAAGUCUUUUAGAAAAACUCGGGAAAAAUCAUAAAAGGCACGGGAUUAAAGAGGAAGCAUAUGACCAACUGAAAGAAACUGUAAUCGAACUUUUUACUUCUUUCAUGACGAAAGAAGAGCUCGAAACCUGGGAUAAGUUGUUAAAAGUGGCGUUUAGUGUUAUAGUUAAAUAUUUGUAAUACCCAUUUUACAAAACUUGACCCAACUGCAAUAAUUUUAUUACUUAAAGUAAUUUUUGAAUUUUUAGCAUUCAAGGUUUAUCUUGACUAAAAUCUCCUAAUAUAGGCAAUCAGUCAUACAAGUGUGUAUUACGGUACAUAUACUGACAAUAUCGGUUGAAUGUUAUCAAUAUAAAUUCUAAUUAAACAGUUUUAUACACUA